AUGGAUCGUAAGGAGGAACUGUGGUUCUCCCACCUCUGCACCUUCCAAGUGAAGACCGAGAUGGUUCUGAGCGACACCUGUGCAGCUGAAGAUGGGAUUGUGAGCAAGGAAGAGGAGAAUGCCCACCAAGGCAUCCCUGGGCCAGCAGAGCCCAAGGCUUUACUCUCAGGACUCUCCAAGGAGAACAAUUCCCAGAAUCCAGCACAGGACCCAGUCGUCCCACACAGGUCAGAAGGAGUUCAGAGACCUCUGGGGAAGAGGCAAAGCCGAGUGAUGCUUCGUGGGAAGAGCCUCAGGAGGCCGACAGACAUUACCCAGCAGAGAAAUCCAUCUGUAGGGAGACUGAUGGUAUGUGGGGACUGCGGGAAGGGCUUCCGGGUGAGCUCCAACCUCAUCCAGCACCGGAGGAUCCACACCGGAGAGAAGCCCUUCGGCUGUGCCGAGUGUGGGGGCAGUUUCCGGCAACGCUCUCAUCUCAUCCAGCACCAGAGAACCCACACGGGGGAGAGGCCCUACGAGUGCUCCGACUGCGGGAAGACCUUCAGCGUGAGCUCCAAGCUGCUCCGCCACCAGGUGACCCACACCGGGGAGAAGCCCUACAGGUGUUCCGAGUGCGGGAAGAGCUUCUCCGGGAACGCCCAGCUCGUGCAGCACCGGCGGGUGCACACGGGGGAGAGGCCCUACGAGUGCGGCAGCUGCGGGAGGAGCUUCAGCGUGAGCUCGGCACUGGCGCGGCACCGGCGCGUCCACACCGGGGAAAAGCCCUACGGCUGCUCCGAGUGCGGGAAGAGCUUCAGCCAGAGCUCCGAGCUCAUGAAGCACCAGCGGGUCCACACCGGGGAGAAGCCGUACGGGUGCUCCGAGUGCGGGAAGAGCUUCACCGUGAGCUCCGCCCUCAUCCAGCACCGGCGGUUCCACACGGGCGAGCGCCCGUACGGGUGCUCCGAGUGCGGGAAGAGCUUCACGGUGAGCUCGCACCUUAUCCAGCACCGCCGCUUCCACACCGGGGAGCGCCCCUUCAGGUGCGUGGAGUGCGGGAAGAGCUUCCUGUGGAGGUCGGCGCUGCUGCGGCACCGGCGGGUGCACACCGGGGAGCGCCCGUACGCCUGUGCCGACUGCGGGGACAGCUUUCGGCAGAGCGCCCACCUCACCCAGCACCGCCGCACACACACCGGGGAGCGCCCCUUCGCCUGCGCCGACUGCGGCAGGGGCUUCGCCGUCAGCUCCGCGCUGCUGCGGCACCGCCGCACCCACGGGGCCGGGCAGCCCUAG